UGGCGAUGGACCAGUACACGUCGUACGUAGCGCUCUGGCAGGCGUCGACGGCCGCGAUCCUCCUCCGCGCCUUUGGCUACGACACCGAUGGCAUGGGGCCGCACGAGAUGCGCGACGCCCUCGCCUCGGCCCUCGGGUCGCCCGUCGACUUCCACAUGGCACCCGACCUCUGCUUUGGCAUCACUGCACACUCGCAGCGAAACGUCGCCAAGCUCCACGACAUGCAAGCGAUGAUCGUUGGCAACGACGCCAUGAUGGAGUCUCUGCGGACCUCCUUUGACCGACUGACAACCGAAGUGUCCAUGCCGCGAGCAGCCCAUGAUGUCGACGCGGAGCUGGAGCAUGCGACGCGUGCCAUGCGCUCCCUCAUGAACCGCUAGCGCACCACAGACGAUGGAACGCCACCAUGGCUCGUCUUCUAUUUAAGCGCCGGCUCCGAGCAAUCAAUGUCUCAAUGUC